UAAGGUAGCCUGGGCCGGCGCGGCUCCGACGGCGGGCGGGGGACCGCGCGCAGGGCCGGGCGGUGCGCUCCCGGGCGGAGCCGAGUCCGCGGGGCUCCGGGCGGGGCGGGGCCGUCGGUCGGCCCGCCGCGCAGCUCGUCCAGGUGCUGCGGCGGCUCCACGUAGCCAGGCGGCCGCGGCUAGGGCACACGGACCUCGGCCCGCGGCUGCCGUCAGCCCGGGUCGGGCCCCUGCGCCCCGGGACUCCCGCGGAGCCAUGGCGGGCCCGGGCCCGGGGGACCAGGACGAGCACUACGAUUUCCUGUUCAAGCUGGUGUUGGUGGGCGACGCGAGCGUGGGCAAGACGUGCGUGGUGCAGCGCUUCAAGACCGGCGCCUUCUCCGCGCGCCAGGGCAGCACCAUCGGCGUCGACUUCACCAUGAAGACGCUGGAGAUCCAGGGCAAGCGGGUCAAGAUUUGGGACACGGCUGGCCAGGAGCGGUUCCGAACCAUCACCCAGAGCUACUACCGCAGUGCCAACGGGGCCAUCCUUGCCUAUGACAUCACCAAGAGGAGCACCUUCUUGUCCGUGCCUCACUGGAUCGAGGAUGUGAGGAAGUACGCAGGCUCCAACAUAGUGCAGCUGUUGAUUGGGAACAAGUCAGACCUUGCCGAUUUCCGGGAAGUUGCGCUGGCAGAAGCACAGAGCCUGGCUGAGCACUAUGACAUCCUGUGUGCCAUAGAGACCUCUGCCAAGGACUCCAGCAAUGUGGAGGAGGCCUUCACCAGAGUGGCCACUGAACUCAUCGUGAGGCACGGAGGCCCCAUGUUCAGUGAGAAGAGUACCGACCACAUCCAGCUGGACAGCAAGGACGUUGCGGAGAGCUGGGGCUGUGGGUGCUGACUGGGGGGCAGGGCGGGCGCGCCAGGACCCCUCCACCUCCUUUGUCUUUAGCCUGUCAAGCCCCACCCUUCAGCCGGCCCUUGGGGCUCUGGCUUCUCUAGCGGGAUUCUGGCCCCUGGCCUGGAUGCUGGGUAGGAAGGGAGAAGCAGAGUAUCCUGUGUGGAAGGCUAUUGGCCUAGGGCAGGAUGUGGACCAUCCCGCCAGCCAGCAUCUGCUCCUUCCGUGUUCUUCACAUUCCAGGACUAGCCUGAGCCUUCCAGCAUAGACUAUGAUGGGAAGCAGGCUGGCUGUGCUGCCCAGCCUUCCUCCCUCCCCCCUGCUGGUUUUGACCUUCUGCCUUGACUGCUGCAGCUGUGCUCCGGUUGCUGCUCUCCAGGGAUGUGGCUGGUACCCCAGGUUCUUCCAGGUCAUUCUCCAGCCUCUAACCAGAGUGUAAAAAGCACAUCAAUUAGUCCAAUAGACUGGUGCUGAGCCUUGUCCCUGGGAAGCCUGACUUGUCAGGUGGAAGCAGCACCCUCCCUCACUGGAGCUCUUAGCUCCCUGGACCUGGCUCGCUGCCUUACCAAGACCUCUCCAGUUUGUCUGCUUUUCCAUGUAGCAUCUCAUUUUCACUGACACAAAUGUAGGGCCAGCUGGGGACUGUCUGCUGGCUUAAGGCCCAAAAUGUUGCCGGGCAGGUUGCAAAAGCGGCUAAUCUUUCAGUGUGGUUGAGGGGUGAGAUAGGAAAGUGAACUUGUAAGGGGAAAAGAAGCAGCUUGCAUGGGGCAGCUCAUUGGUAGAGCAUGAGCUCAGCACUUGUCAGGACCUGGGUUCAGUCCUUAGCACCAGAAAGAAACAAAACAGCAAAAACAGCAGUUUCUGUUCGGCCCCAGAGGCUGAGGUAGAGGGCCCUGUGGACGCCAGCCUCACCCUGUGUGGAGAAACCUUCCCUGCCAUAGCCAGAGCUUCUAGCUCCCCGUGCUCCUGGUCUGGCUUACAGUUUCAAAGCAAAAGUACCUGCUGGCCUAAGACCUGACACUUCACUGGUCCUGUGCCUGCCGUAACGGGUACUUCCUCCAGGAAUCAGAAGGAAAAGGUGUGGUUCAGGGUGCAGGGCUCAGGGAUAAUGCUGAGGUGCAGGGACUGAGCCAGGGGAUGUUUCUAAGAUGGUCCUAAACGCUUUGUCAGCCCAGUCCUAUGCCCUUCCACCGCCUCAGUAUAGACACCACACACACACACACACACACACACACACACACUAAAGAGACUGCUUUUAGACCCACAGGGAAGGCCUCAUCAGUGGUGGGCCCCCCAGCCAUUGCGUCAGGCUUAGUCUAAUCAAAUCAUGGAUCAGGGUUUGGUUCUUUCAUCUCCCCUCUCACUGGCAUCCUGCCCUUGUCUCCCAUCUCAAGCAUUCUGGUCUGUCAGCCCCUUUCCUUGGCAGAUCUGGCCACCGGGCUGGAGGCAGGGCUUUACAACAACCACAAAGUGGCCUGGAGAGACAGAACUGUUGUCAACUAGAGUAACAGCACUAGACCCACUGGCCCCCUUUCAGGCAGGAUUAGCUGAGCCUGGUUCCAGUUGGGUGGAAGGUGGCCUGGGGGAACCAGGUCCUGCUCUGAGUGCUUCUCAGGUGGGGAUCAUGGGGCUGGGCUGGGUAGGAGCCGACUGCUUUUCCUGGGGCUCACCAAGUUAAGAGGGCCCUGCUUGCCGGUUUCAGUUGGCUCAGACUCUCGGCAGGGAGAGCUGGUUCCUUCCCUAAGCCCUCUGCUGCGGAGCCUGGCUACCUGUGGGUGGAUAGUGCCUGUCACUGAGAGUGCUCUUUGCACUAUGCAUGGUCCUCUGAGCCAUCUGGCAUCUGUGGUUCCAUCAGUAGAUUCUGUGGGGCCGAUGUUUUCAGGGCCAAUCAGGAAGCUCUUUUGCUUGGUGACUCAGAGCUUGCCAGGUCUUGGGUUUGUGUCUGUUGUUCAAAUGGAAGUCCCAGUUUCAGGAUGUGUCUGUCCAUCCGAGCCACUGACCCUGCCAUAGCUACCCACUACUACCCAGCAAGCCUUGCUCUUUAGCAAUACCAGUGCUGAACCCAGCCAGGACAUUGGGGCCCUUUCAUCCUCAGGCCCUAGAGGAGGGAGGGCAGAGGCCUUUUGCUCUAGACAGAUUUCUACCCUAUCUUUCAAAAGAUGGCCCUGACUUGUGGUGGGGCUUACUUGUCACCCUGGGCCGAGAGCCCACUUCCCAGCCUCCAAGGCAGUGUUUUUCAGCCUGUGGGUCACAAUGCCUUUGGGUUGCCUAAGACCAUGGGAAAACACAGAUAUUUACAUUAUGAUUCAUAACAGUAGCAAAAUUACAGUUAUGAAAUCGCAACGAGAUAACUUUGUGGUUGGGGCUCACCACAACAUGAGGAACUAUAUUAAAGGGUUCCAGCGUCCGGAAGGUUGAGAACCGCUGUCAGAAAGGCAGAACUGAGUAAGCCCUGCCUAGCCCAGGAAGCCACCUUUACUGGUGGCCUCUUGGCUUACCCAGCUACCAGGAAGAUGAUUUCAUUCUCCAUUCACAGGACUAUCACCACACACUUCCUGGGGUGCUGAGGUGUACCUGAGGCCCUGACCUGUGCCCUUGAGCAGGAGCAGCCCUUCUCUAAGAAAACCCAAACACAUUUCCUUGAGCCCUGCACUCCCCCAGCCCUGCCCUGUAACCAUCCUGUCUUCUUACUCUGGGUUCCAGUUCCACUGCCAGGUGUAGGUUGGAAGUUGAGGCCUAGGGCACUUACCCCUGACCUCAGCCUCCACAGCCUGCCCACCUCUCUACUCACUGUCAUAUUUGGGGCCAGUGUGGUCCCCCUCCCAAAUCUUGGCCAAUCUGCCUUCUUACAUCACAGGAUCCCGCAAGUGACCCAAAGCACACAUCUCUGAGGGGCGACAGCCCCUCCCCAGCCACAGGCCUUACCCCCAGAUCCUGCCAAGGACACAUUCUUCCCUUGAUCCCAGAUUCUGUGUCCUGAGAGGGCCCUGAAUCAUGGACUGAAGCUGGCUCCUGCAGAGAGGCUGCAGCCAUCCCUUAGACAGUGCCAAGGCUCUGGCCCUCUGCUGAGGUACCUGCUCCACAAGAGAGACCUCUGAGCCUUUGUCAGAAGGAGCCCAGAGCUUGAGGACCAGAAAACAGGCAGGUGUGAGAGUCAGGAAACAGAACCAGCUGCUUUUCUUCCCCUGGGCAGCUUGGCUGCUAGCAGCCCAGGGUUUCUGGGGCAGCAGAAGUUUAAUCCCUUCUCUUGUUUAAAAAUUCUGAACAGCAGGAGCAGGUGGGGGUUGAAUGCUGCUGGGGAGGGCAAGGGAGUACCCACAGGAAGGCUGGUGGGGCCAGGCUGACUGCAGCAGGAGUGGAGUGAAGGGCUAAGGGUCUUGCCCACUAAAGGUACCAGAGAAGGGGCUCCAUGUCUUUUCGGGUGGAAGUCUGACCCCAAGGACACUGACCCCAGUUUGGGGGAAUCUGCAGGAAACCCCUGGUGCACUCUGAAUUGGUUGCCCUGUCCUAGGAUGUUGCCAGUGGUGGGCCUCUAGCCAAACUCACCCCUUCAGCACCUAGAUGGGCAGAAUUGCCAGCCCAAGGAUGCCAUGCACAUGGGUGGGGGGAUUUUCUUCACAUUACCUAUUUAUGAAUAUGUAAGUCUUUCUAUCAAAUCUAUUUUUGAAACGAGAAGUUGCCUUUCUGGAUAUGUCACAGAGCCAGUGUACAAUUCAACCAUUAAACAUUUCUGUACUGA